AUGAAAUUAAAAUUAUCAACUCCUAUUAAUCAGCAAAUCCUUAUUCUCGCUGUAGGACCUCCAAUUACUAUCAAUUUAUCCCUGGUAAACGAGUUCCUAAGUUUUUGGGAUUACAAUCAAUUGCACCCAAUUAUUAUAGUGAAAAAGACUGAGCCUAAUAUUAGCAAGCGAUCCCCUUCCUUGGAUUUAAGUUAUAUCAGGUUUGUAGAGAAUCGUGUUUUUGUCAUGACAGAUGUCGAUGGUCAAGAAAAAAAGAGUUUUUGA